UGAUGCCGCUCUGCAGUGAAGAUGGCGGAGAGAGGAGACGGCCGUCUGAAGCCCACAAACAUGGAAAGCCUUUGAGUGCAUGCGGUCUUCAGUAGAGCAUUUGUGUAGUUAGCACUGACAGAAGAUCUGGCUUCCCAUGAUGGACAGAGUUUAGAUGUGGUCAACUUUUAAGCUGAAUGCAUUGUGAUUUCCAAUAAUUGAGACAGUGAUUUCUAAAAAGCUGUCUACAUUAAUGAAAAGAACAAUGUAGUCAGCUUAGCAUAUUCAACCAUACACAUGAAUAUUAUUAAAUAGGUGUCUUGAGUUGUGUAAUGUGUUCAUGCAUGUGUUAGGGCUUUUUAGCUGAAUUAGACAGUUCCCUUCCCAAUUGCUUUCUCGUAUAAUUUUUAACGUAGCUCUUUUAAAGAAAUUUAACAUGGAUGUAAAUGAGAUUUUACCUCCCCUCCCAUUGGAGCCACCAGACGCAGUAUUUGCGGGGAAUGAUUACUGUAAAGCACCUCCACCACCUCCCCUGCAAACGUCCAGUGACGCAGAGGAAAUGGACGUUAGCUCUGGUGGUGAUGGACACCAACACACCCCAGCAGUGGACAGGGACGAACAGCUUCUCCUCAACAAGCGCACAUUGUCCGUUAGUAGCUGCCUGUCAGAUAAUUCUGAGCCCAUGGCCAAGUGCCCUAGAACCGCUCGCCACGCUCCCCCAGUUACCAAGUUCUUACCUGAUCUAAAACUCCUCAAAGAUGUCAAGAUCAGUGUCAGUUUCUCUGACAGCAGCAAGAGCAAAGACAGGAAGGUGUUGUAUACUGGUUUGGGGCAGGUUAGGAAUGAAGAUCAGAGCCUAGAGGGCCUGAAUGGCGAAUUGCAUGAUUCUUUAAAGCAGAGAAGUGUUCCGGGCAGCUCGAACAUGAGCGGCGGUUCCUUAGGUUUAGCUAGAAACCGCGAAGAGCUGGAGACAGAGCAGGAGAACAAGGUUGAGUUUGCCGUGCUGGACGACCUGGAAGAUUUCAGCGAGAACUUUCUGGAAGCAGAAGACGGAGAGCAGAGUGGUUUCAGGUCUCAGAUGAUAGCUCAGCAGGAGCAAGCGCAAGAAGAAGACCUGAAUUACUGCUAUGAGGAGGACUUUGACAAUGAUGUAGAUGCCCUGCUGGAGGAAGGCAUGCCCAUGCCCAAGAAGAGGCGUCUGGCUGAAGACAAGUUCGCUGGAGACAGUGAUCACCAUUCGGAUGGGGAGUCCGGAGUUCAGCCCAUGAUGACCAAAAUUAAGACCGUUCUUAAGAGUCGUGGGCGUCCGCCAACUGAGCCGUUACCCGAUGGGUGGAUCAUGACAUUCCAUAACUCUGGCAUUCCAGUCUACCUCCACCGGGAAACCAGAGUUGUGACCUGGUCCAGACCUUACUUCCUUGGAACAGGAAGCAUUAGAAAACAUGACCCACCAACCAGUAGCAUUCCCUGCUUGCACUACAAGAAAAUGAAGGAACAUGAAGAUAGGGAACAGAAUGGAGAGGUGACUCCGACAGCCGAGGUGUCUCCAGCGAAAUCUGGAGAGGAGGGCGUCUCAUCAGAGAGAGCUGAUGAGCCUGACUCCACUGCCACAGAAGAGCCGACUGACAGACCAACAUCAGAAGAUCCAGAUCCUGACAUUAUGGAACCAGGAGGAUCCUCCGAGGGGAAGGAGAGCCAAGCCUGUGAUACUGCACAGGGAGCGCUGGGCCAGGUCAGGGCCAAGGUGGAGAUUUGCAAAGAUGAGUCUAUUGAAAUUGAGGAGUUUAGAAGCUACCUAGAGAAGUGCUUUGAUUUUGAGCAAGUGACCGUGAAGAAGUUUCGCACAUGGGCCGAGCGCAGACAGUUCAACAGGGACAUGAAGAGGAAGCAGGCUGAGUCUGAGAGGCCCAUUCUACCGGCCAAUCAGAAACUUAUCACACUCUCCGUACAAGAUGCACCCACAAAGAAAGAGUUUGUAAUCAACCCCAAUGGGAAGUCAGAAGUGUGCAUUUUACACGAGUAUAUGCAAAGAGUACUCAAAGUGCGACCAGUUUACAACUUUUUUGAAUGUGAAAACCCAAGUGAACCCUUCGGAGCCUCAGUCAUUAUAGAUGGUGUUACUUAUGGCACAGGAACAGCAAGUAGUAAAAAACUUGCCAAGAAUAAAGCUGCUCGAGCAACACUGGAGAUCCUCAUUCCUGACUUUGUGAAGCAGACGUCUGAGGAGAAGCCCGCAGAGGGAGAUGAACUGGAGUAUUUUAAUCAUAUCAGUAUUGAAGAUUCAAGGGUGUACGAGCUGACAAACAAAGCAGGUUUACUCUCACCAUAUCAGAUCCUUCAUGAGUGCCUUAAGAGAAACCAUGGCAUGGGUGACACCAGCAUCAAGUUUGAGGUGAUUCCAGGAAAGAACCAGAAGAGUGAAUACGUCAUGACAUGUGGGAAGCACACUGUACGCGGCUGGUGUAAAAAUAAGAGGGUUGGAAAGCAGCUGGCGUCACAGAAGAUUCUCCAGAUGCUUCAUCCUCACGUGAAGAACUGGGGCUCACUGCUGCGCAUGUACGGCAGAGAAAGCAACAAGAUGGUAAAAAAGGAGAACUCCGAUAAGAGUGUGAUUGAGCUUCAGCAGUAUGCCAAAAAGAACAAGCCAAACCUCCACAUCCUCAACAAACUACGAGAGGAGAUGAUGAAACUGGCUCAAGAAAGGGAGGUGGCAAGAAAGAAGCCGAAGAUGACUAUAAUGGAGUCUGCUCAACCUGGCAGUGAACCUCUGUGUACUGUUGACGUCUAGCAAACCCUCAUCCAGCAACUUGUGAUAGCAGAUAGCACUGACCAAUGGUAAUAGUUCUAUAACAAAAGGUCAUCGCAGCAUUACUGACUUAUGCAUUACUUUGCUGUGCAAAAUGGCAAUACUAGUUACAUUUCUAUCUGAUUUUUGAGCUCUAUUCCCAGUCCAAUUAUUGCCCAUAAUGAAUGGGUUCAGUUAGAGUUGUAUACAUGCACAGGGAAGGUAGAAUGAGCAUUAAAUACCUCCAGAUGCACUUCUGCACCUGAAAAGUGCACAAAUAAUGAUGGCUGUUGACAAUGCCUAUAUGAAAAUCAUACAAAAUGUGUAUUAAGUAUUACAGAUGCUUUUAAGUUUGUGGCUUUUAGAUGUUAAUAAAAAUGUUGCUUUUCCCUUCUUAAA